AUGCCGAUCUCUACGAAAGACUGUUGGGUUUCGCUAAUCUAUUUUUUGGCAUUAUUUCGACUAGCCAACUCUUACGUAAAAUUCACCAAUAUCCAAUGUACAGCCUUGGAUAAACCUUUUGCGGAUUUUCAAAAAUGUCGCCUAAGUAUUCCAAAGCGAGGAGUAGUCGCACUAUCUAUCCAUGUGAAGCUCUUUCAGAUACCGGUUAACAACGUCAGUAUAAACUUAAGCCUGUUUAAGAGAGCCAGUGGUUAUCGACCGUUUUUAUAUAAUGUUUCUACAGAUUUCUGCGCAUUUAUGGCUAACAGAAAUCGCUUCCCUUUUCUUAAAAUAUUUUUUGACAUCGUUCUAAAAGAUUCGAAUAUUAAUCACACGUGCCCCUAUAAUCAUGACAUCAUUGUCAGGAAUCUGGUACUAUUUGACAGAAUGUUUGGCCUUCUUCCAGUUCCAGAAGGAGAUUAUAUGUUUAAGUUAAUGGUCGCCGCAUACAAUGAAUGGAAGGCAGAUGUAAAAGCCUUUUUCUCAAUUAAACUGGAUACAAAGUAUCGCUAGAUGCAAUGAUAUAUCCAAGUUUCGGCCUGUGAAAAAAAAAAAAAAACAUAUUCAUUAUGUCAUAACCAU